AUGCCAGCAAGUCUCCCACCCCCGAACCCUCACGCCGCCGCCGCAGUUGUCUUCUUCCCUUCUCGAGAUCAAGUUGCCUUUGCGGUAGUUCCCCCAACUGUCACCAUGCAGAACGAGGAGGGUAAGAUGGUGGACCUCUACGUCCCCAGGAAGUGCUCGGCCACGAACAGGAUUAUCACUGCCAAGGACCAUGCUUCUGUGCAGAUCAACAUUGGUCACUUGGAUGCGAAUGGCCUGUACGAUGGUCGCUUCACCACGUUUGCUCUCUCUGGGUUUGUCCGUGCUCAGGGUGACGCAGACGGCUCCUUGGACAGGCUGUGGCAGAAGAAGAAGGCUGAGAUCAAGCAGUAG